ACACGCGGCGUGCCAAGCUGUGGACGGGAUGGUACAGACUUGUAACAACUCUGCUGCAGACCUGUUACAACUUAUGCGUUUUUUACGCGUGUACACGCGUAAGAAUCAUCAUGUUGAUGCAAGUUGUUGAAAACAGGAGUGAACAGUAUUGUUGACAAUGUUGUUCAAGAUUGUUUAAUCAUUAAUGUUGUUGCAACUGCAUCGUGAUUGCAUCAACAUUGAUGAUUCGACGGCCUUGGCCUUGGCCUUGGCCAGAACAACAUAAGGCGGUAACAAAAGACCUCACUCUUGCUUUCUAUUUCUCGGUACAUGACCAAACAUGUUCACUUUCAAUGAACAACAAUUAUCUUAAAACAAGUGUUAAGCAACUACAUCGACCUACAUCGCGAGCUCGCCAUUUGUGAGAGACAAUACAUGCUCUAAAGUAUUCUUGCUUAUUUGGGCAGCAUCGAAACCGGGGAUACGUAAAAUCUGCGGUAAAACGUUUGUGGAUACAAGAAAAUCCGGAUCUCAGCAUCCAUUGUGCUAAGGAGAACGUAGGUGUUAUUUAUUUUUACACAGUAUGGAAACUUACGUACAUAUAAGGUCGUUUAUAAGGGUGCGUGGCACUUAAAAAACAAUCGCCCCUUUUACUUGGAAAGUAGACAAAGACACCGACUGACAUUGGUAUCUUAGGGUGGAGGUCAAUUUUGCAAAGUCAGUAAUAUUUGCAUUUGGCUUUUUUUUAGAGCUAUACUUAAGCCUCGCGACUGAUAAUAUUGACUUAAUAUUGUGUCGUAACAAUCACUGCAUGUGCAUAAUCAGAAUGGAUGCGUCCAUAUCAUCUAUCGACUCACUUACAUGGAGCGACAAGCCGUGUCCAUUAAGCGAAGUCCUUGAGAGAAACAUGGUUCCAAACUUGGUUCGUGUUGAGGAAGGCUACUGUGGAAUUAACGAAGCAUGUAGUUUCGAAAACGACCAAGUUCUUAUGUUACAUAGAUUGCGUACAAGGCAGAACUUUAUAGCCGAAGACUCCGUUGGUAGAUCUAUCGCCAUUCCCGUUGACUGUAAGACAGAGCUCCUAGUUUGUCCUUUGUCAAUAUAUUGUACAUACGACCCGAUUCUUGUUGCAGAAAUAUCAAACGUUUAUUCAGACGUGAAAUACUUCCGGGUUAUUGAAAAUGAACAGGAGAAGGGAAUUGAGAAAUACUUUGAGCUUGGGUCCGUCUUCGAGGUCGACUAUGUUGACACGGUGAAUUUCCACGUGAAAUUCAAAGAUGUCAAAAUGCCACUACCGUUUAGCUGUGGUAUAGUGUUUGAAGCACUGUUGGAUUAUCGGGAAUAUACCUUAAAAGAGGCUGUGAAGGAGUUUGGCUUGCCAAUAAAGGUGCGCUUCUUGUCAAGUGGAGAUGAAAAAGAACAAUGUUUGGAUAGUGACGUGGAAAAUCUAGCCUCGAAUCUAGGCAAAGUAACGAUUUCUCAUAGCUCAAAACCUCAGCUUACUGUGGUUGCAACGGAGAUAGACGAUGAUCAAUCUUUAACCUUAACUAAAAAGUCAACGAAGUGCUUGGUCAUAUCAAAAGAGUUGAAGCUGAAUGUUUUCGUGUCUAAGGAAUAUUUUGAGAACCAUCGUGCUUUUGUACAGAUGGUUUCCAAUUUUAACAAGGCCUUUUUAGUGAGAUACGAUCUUAAAAAAUUGGAUCGUUUCGAGAGAUGUGAGUAUCUGGAUGGACCAGACGGUCACGUAACGCCAAAAAUAACUGGUUCUAAAUUGGUGCCAAAAUUUCCUGAAGAAAAUGACAAUAUCCGAGAAAUAAAACCAAGUCCAAGAAAUGGCACAGGUUAUAAACCACCCCUGCUGACUCCCAGACCCACUCGUGGUGGAAAAGGGGAAACUAUUUCGCGAAGACGCAAUCGUUUCCCGAAAAUUGCGGAAGAUGUUGGACGGUACAAACCACGUAGCCUUGCUGACGAUAACGCGCAAAUCUCGAAGCAUUGUGAAACCACGGGUGAAACUUUUGAAAGCCAUCCACACGAGAUUUAUGAUGAUUUUAAAUCUACUGACCGAAAAGUGGAAGCCUUUGGAGAAUACGAUGAUCGUAUCCCCAAGCCCAAGGCAAAACACGAUUACGAGUUGCCAAUGGACGACCACGUGUACGAGAGCAUUAGCGAUGAGGAUUCAUCGUUGGAUGAUGAGGGAUACGAAGUUGUUCCUGAUGAAGGGUACCCAGUUGUUCCUGAUGAUUCGCCGGCAACAUCAAACGACUACGUGAAUAUACCCACAGAAGGUCAUGUGACCUUGGAAAAUACGAGUACAGAGAUUAAGAGCGAUAACGUGCCUGUGUUAAACACCAGAACCGAUGUUUGUAAAGGAAGUCAUCUGCAUGCUACAAAAGACUCGGGCGGUAGAAUCUCUACUGAGCCUGGCGAUGAAACGUCCAGGAUGAAUGAUGGUGUUAGAGAUCAGUCGCGCAGCCUGAUUCUUCCAGCCCAUCUCCUAGCCGUGAAACUAAAACCUGUUGUAAAAUGUGCUGAAAUCUCUGAUGGGAAGCCUGACAGAAGAAAUCUGAGGAAAGCUAGUGGUCUCGAGGCGUCAUUGAGCAAACCUUCUCGAGAGGUUAACAAACACCAGAGAAAGAUGCCGAUUAAUAUCCCCGUUCUUAGACCGGCGAUAGUUCCUGGACUCAAAGGUAGUGAAAUGAGAAAUCCUGCGAAAAUAUCCUCGCAUGAAACUCCCAAUUCGAGAAUUGGUAAUGAAAACUGUGUUAAAACGCCCAUUUCAAAUAAGAAAACCUUCGAUCAAACAUCAAAAGCUGGCGAUAAAAAGUUGGUUUCUAAUGCGAUGACCGCAAAACAAAACCACGAUAGAUCCUCAAAUGAAAAUACAAGUCACGGUUCCAGUGAGAGGAAUUAUGAAAACUUUCCUUUGGAAAAAGCUCGAUCCAGACAAAAACCGGAUUUUAAAAGUAGAAGUAAUGUUGAAGCUUUGGCAAAGGAACGUGGGUCGAAUGAGACAUCAGUUCCAACUGUUGUCAAUAAAAGCAAGAUAAGAGCUGUCACCUUGAGAGAUCAGACUUUCGCAAAACCAGGAUCAAAUUUUAAUAAUAUCACAGAUGAAGCUACGAGAGCGAAAUUUGAAAGUAAAACCAGUCGUGGUGUAAAACCGGAUGAAGUUGUCAUGUUGAAAAGUGGGUGUUUUACAAUAUCAUCAGCGACGAUUUCUAAUGUUCGACCUGCAGCAUCCCGGUUGAAAAGUCAGCCCUCUAUUUCGAUACCCGCAGAUUUGUCGUGCCUCAGUGUGGCCGGGGUUGGUCGCCUCCUGAGAAGUCUAAAUAUGCAAUGUUAUGUGAACACAUUUCAAGAGGAACAGAUUGACGGGAAAAUAUUUGUGACUUUAGAUAAAGAAUCAUUAUCGUCGUUAGAUAUAGCACAAUUUCAUGUCACUAAAUUGAUCAAAGUUAUUGAAGGUUGGCGACCAAAUGUCGGUAGUAUCUAAUUGAAUUAGUUUGCAAUUUCUUAAUUUUGCACUCCACAUGUUAUAAAAACUUGUGAUAAAAACAUUUCAUUGCAGAAAGUAAGAAGGGAAGACACGAAUUAGCCUAGUUCAUAGCAAAACAGUUCCUAACUUUCCUAAUUUGCUAUUUGCCAUGUUUAUACUUAACUAGUUAUUAGUUUGAAAAUG